UUCUCAUCCCCAUUACCCAGCUCAGCUACCCAAAGUGUCACCCCUUUCCAGGGAGGGGGUCCUGUUGCUGGAUGCCCUCUCCACAUCAGUGCAAUGCUGGGCGGCUGCUCCCUCUAAACACUCCCCAUUCCCUGGGAAUGGUCCCCAUCACCGUGUCCCCCUGAUCUCCCACAUCCCCCAGGAGAGUGGGACAGUCAAGGGAAACUGAGUCAGGUGCUGGCAGCUCGCCCAGUUCCAGCUGUGCCGGGGGUGGAGCUUGGGGCCUCAUCCUGCAUCCUUAGGGCCCGGCAUAUCCGGCAGGGAAGGGGUGCGGGUGGCUCGGCUGAGGAAAUGGGAGAGACCUGGCCGGAGUCCCGCUCUCCUCCUCCUACAGCCCCACCUCCCCGGUCCUCUUAACAUCCCAUGGGCCGGCCGUGGGGCCAGCAGCGCGUCCCCAGCGCGGUGCCCAGGCUGAGCUCCGUGCCGGGCCAGCCCUGUUGACAGCAGCGUGUCCCCAGCGCGGUGCCAUCCCCGCGAUGCUGCGGCUGCUGCUGCUCAGCGGGGCCCUGGGCUGCGGGGCGGAGCAGGCAGCCCCGCUCGCCUUCACCAUGCUCCAGCUGACCCGCGUCUACAUGGGCAAUUCCAUGUUCCGGGGCAACGCCAGCCUGAAUGGACAGCUCAGCCAUCUCCUGGACGAGGAUAAUGUCACCCAGGUGCUCCCGCUGGAGCCUCCGGACGCCUGGGCCCGGCGGCAAGAAGAGGUGAUCACCUACCUGAGGAACUUCAGGCAGCUGGUGAAGCUCUUCAACAUGGAGAGACCCACCAAAUUCACCCAGCACCUGCGCUGCCACCUCGGCUGCCGCCUCUACCCCAACGGCACAGCCCAGAGCUUCUACGAGGUGACCCUCAACAGCACAGCGUUCCUCAGCUUCCAUGUCCCCAACGCCACCUGGGAGCGGCGCUGGCCCGGGGACCUCCCGGUGGCCGCCUUCGCCCAGGAGCAGCUGAUGAAGUACCCCAUAACCACCCAGGACCUGCAGUAUUUCCUCAACACCACCUGUGUCAGCAUCCUGCAGGCUCAGAGCACCAGGACAGGAAAAGUCAGCAGCCGAUCGCGCACUCCGCUGGUCCUGGGGCUGGUCCUGGGAAGUCUGGCCCUGCUGGGCAUGGCCCUGGGCAUCUUCCUGUGCACAGGAGGGAGCUGUUAGCAUGGGCAGCUGUCCCAUGUCACCCCAUGGACACAGGGAAUGGACCUGUCAUCUUCCCGUGCAUCCAUCACCACCCUGUGGAGGCAAGGGACAGACCCAUCAUCUCCCUGCGGAGUCAGGGGAUGGAUCCAUCAUCUUCCCAAGGAUCCAGCAAAUCUCCAUGGAUCUAUCAUCACCCUGCAGAGUCAGGGGAUGGGUCCAUCAUCUUCCCAAGGAUCCAGCAACUCUCCAUGGAUCCAUCAUCACCGUGGGGAGGCAGGGGCUGGAUCCAUCGUCCCUGCACAGAGACAGAGGACAGACUCAUCAUCCCCCCAUGGAGGCAGGGACCAAGCCCAUCCCUCACAAGGGAUGCAUGUCCCUCGUGUCACAGACUUUGCUCCCCAAGGACACCAGUGGCUUCCCAGUCCUGUCCCAGCCAGCUGGCCCCUCCAGCAGCCCCUGUGGACAGUCCUCACCGUGGGCAAUGCACUGAGACUCUGCAGAGAAACACUGGGAAAAUGGAAAAAUGCGGGGGGGAAUGGCAUGGGGGGAAAGCAGCAGGAGAAACAGCCAUGGAAUGGUUAAAAGCAUGGUGUUAAACCCUCAUUUGUCCCUGUUCCAGUGGGAUGGAGGGAGGAUGUCACACCUUGUGUAAUAAAACCACCCAUCAGCUCUUACCACA